AUGGACAAAAGUACAACUUCUGCUUUUACUACGUACAUAAAUUUGGAAUCACCGAAAUCUCAAAAUUCAAAAUAUCAUUUUUCUUCGAUGACCACCGAACGACCCCAAAUUUACGGCGAACAGGCGUUGGGCAAUAGAUAUCAAUAUAUUAAUAACAAUAAUCUAGAGACUCUCUUGAAUGCCAUCGAAGUUGCACCAAUCGAAUUAUCUUCCCCAAAACAUCAAAUUGUUAAGCAAAAUAUCAUGAUACCUUCUCACCUUUCUACAGGCAAUAAUGAAAAGCAAAAAUUACAUUUUUCUUACCCCCUUUCUCCUACAAUCACCACUUCAUAUCAUCAUCGGCAGCUUGAAGAAUGUAGUAAUAAUAAUAUUAUUAGUAAGGAACAAAUUCGUGCCCAUCGAUUACUACCUCCUCCUAACAAGAGCAUGUCGAUCUCUUCAUUAAUUGAUUCGGAUCAACCUAUUCAAUCUUCAUCGGUACCAUUAACACCACCAGAUUCCUCUUUAACGCUAAAUUUUCCAGAACUUUCCAUAACCCAGACUAAACUUCCAAUCGAAUCGAUUCCAUUUCCACGUCUACAACCUUCUAGUAACAUUUUCAUAAAUUCGUUUCCGUUACCCAGCGUGAAUCAAGCUAUCGGUGAUGUUGAUCGUACACGUAAUUCCCCUCCACCAUUAAUCUCUAAUAAUAACAAAAGAAAAUGGGAAGCGACCGAAAAUCCCUUUACCAAUGGUCUAAUGAGUAUUGAUGAUAAAUACGUUGUUGAAGAGACAAGGUCAAAAAUGCGUCGAUCUAUCGAAGGGCGUUUUACACAAAACUCCGCAUAUCCUUCAUCCAAAACUCACUGUCCACGUGAUAAUGGAAUAUCUCUUAACAAUCACCAUAAUUCGAAUACGUAUCAGAUGUCCACCAUCACCUGUUAUCAUGCGUCAGUUGCACAAAAAUCUUAUGGUAGUGAAAAGAGAUUCCUCUGUCCUCCACCAGUAGUGAUAUUUGAGAGACAUGAUAAUAACUGUAGAGGAGGUGGUGGCGGAUAUCACCCAAAACCUAGUUUGUCAAUGUCGGUGGUGUGUGAAACAGAAGAGAAAUUAUUAGAGCAAAAGGCAUCAUUAGACGAAAAUAUGAAGGGCACGUUUAAGUAUUUGCAUGUUAGCGGUACUGCCAAAGCCAAACAAUUUACUUUAAAACUGAAAAUAUUUCAUAAUAAUUCCACCAUUCCACAUGUCGAAAUCGAUUCUUCGUCAGUCACCAUUAUAUCCAAACCAUCUAAAAAAACCGCAAAGGCAAGGAAUGUGUCUUCUUGCAUAUUAUCAGGAUCACUUAUAUCAUUGUUUAAUCGAAUUAAUUCACAAACCGUGAGAACAAAAUAUAUGGGUAUUGAAGGAGGACUAUUGUGUGCGAUUUCCUCACCAUCAUCACCAUCACUAUCUUCAUCGAAUUCUCCUACCGUCACCAGUUCAGAUUCCACACCAAUAACAUAUGGUUCAGAGAUAAUUCUCUCAGAUCCUACAACGGGUUUUGUCUCCGAUCGAUUAAUAAUUCGAAAGGUAGAGAAAAGUAGAAUCGCUCAAGGUGCGUGUGGUCCCGUUAGUCAAAUGCAAAAGAUCGCCUUGCAACGAGUGCAUCCCGGCACACGCGAACCUCAUUAUCUAAGUGCAGCUGGCCCAAUUACAAUGGAUGGCCCUCGGUCCCAAGAACAAUGUGCGGUCAGCGGUGCUUCCCCUUUCCUUGGUUAUCAAACUUCAAAAAUAGUCCACAUUCAGAAUACGGAAUUUACAAAGGAACCUUUUCGUAUGGCGUCUAUGCAAUCUUCAAUUCUAUCUAAUAAGAGCGACACAUCAAAUUCUGCCGUUAUUGAAGAAGUUGAUGACUAUCUAUGUUGGACCAUCGUAGGAAUUUCUAAAUUCCAAAUCAAAUAUCCCGAAUCUAUGCCAUCAACUCCUAACACGCCUACUCAAUAA